GACGCAGCCUCGCUCUUGCUCCCCUUCCCACCAGUCGCUCCUCCCCCUGCUUCCCGGCGUGACGGUGGGCGUGGUUCGUCUCCAGGCCCUUUCUUCCGAGGCCGGGAAAACCGAGGGAUGCCCAUGCGCAGUUGGACGCCUCGGGCGCGUGGCACCGCCUCUCCGCCCAUCUCCCCGCCCCGCUGUCCUGGGCGGGGCGGGGCCGAGAGUCCAGCUGCUGCUGGCUACAGAUUCAGUGACUUCCUUGUUGUGAGCACCGGCCCGGCAGUGUCCCGACUCGUAGCCCCGCUGUUCUUACCGGGACCGCUAGCCCGAGUCUAGGUGGCAGCCGCGGCCCCACCCCGUCGUCACCUUUUCCGCACAGAUCCUUUCCCCGCACGCCCUGCGCUCCCUAACAUGCCCAACCCCAGCAGCACCUCCUCUCCCUACCCCCUCCCUGAGGAAAUUAGGAACCUGUUGGCAGAUGUUGAAUCAUUUGUAGCAGACAUACUGAAAGGGGAAAAUUUAUCCAAGAAAGCAAAAGAAAAGAGAGAAUCCCUUAUUAAGAAGAUAAAAGAUGUAAAGUCCAUCUAUCUUCAGGAAUUUCAAGACAAAGGUGAUACAGAGGAUGGGGACGAAUAUGAUGACCCUUUUGCUGGGCCUCCAGACACUAUUUCAUUAGCCUCAGAACGAUAUGAUAAGGAUGAUGACGCUCCUUCGGAUGGUUGGAACAAGAAGAAAUUGAGACCCUAAAUAGGC